AUGGAGAAAAUCGAGUAUCGCGCAGUGAUAAAAUUCUUUCAUUUGAAAGGCAAAAAGACUCAGGAAAUAAAAGAUGAGUUAGACUCUGUAUACGGUGAAGCCUCCCCUUCAUUUACAACGGUCAAACGUUGGGUGGCCGAGUACAAACGUGGUCGUACGAGCAUUUUAGACGAGAAACGUUCUGGGCGCCCGAAAAUCGCUACAACUGACGAAAUGAUCGAUUUAGUGCAUCAAACUGUGAUAGAAGAUCGUCGAUUGACUGUUAAGGAUAUUGCUUGUGGUAUAUCAUCUGAACAGGUGCACAAGAUUUUACAUCAAGAAUUAGAUAUGAGAAAAUUAUCCGCGCGCUGGGUGCUGCGUUUGUUGACGAUCCACCAAAAGCGCAUACGGAUGGACAUAUCGCGCGAGUGUCUUAGCCUGUAUCAAAAAAAUCCAGCGGAAUUUUUGCGGCGAAUGAUAAUCGUCGAUGAAACCUGGAUACACCACCAUACGCCUGAGACCAAACAACAGUCAAAGCAGUGGUGUGUGGUGAGGGAACCAACUCCGAAGAAGGCAAAGGUCGUUCUCUCUGCAGGAAAAGUGAUGGCGACAGUUUUUUGGGAUAGCCGUGGAAUAAUUCUUAUCGAUUACCUUGCAAAGGGUGAAACAAUCAACGGACAGUACUACGCUGCAUUGCUGGAUAAAUUGAAGGCCACAAUUAAGAAAAAACGUCCGCAUUUGGCCAAGAAAAAAAUCCUGUUUCACCAGGAUAACGCUCGGGUUCACACGUGGAUGGUCGCAAUGUCAAAAUUGAACGAAUUGAAGUUUGAAUUGCUUCCGCACCCACCCUAUUCACCAGAUCUAGCUCCCAGCGACUUUUUCCUGUUUCCAAAUUUGAAAAAAUUUCUCGGGGGAAAAAAAUAUAAGUCAAACGCUCAGGUGGAAAACGCUGUAAAUCAAUAUUUUUCAGGUUUAGACAAUCAAUUUUUUUCUGAUGGUUUAAAAGGAUGGGAGAAACGUUGGACCAAAUGUAUCGAGUUGCAGGGAGACUACGUCGAGAAAUAA